UGGACAAGCCGGACGUGGUGAACUGGAUGUGCUACCGCAAAACAGAGGACUAUUUCACCAUCUGGCUCAACCUCAACACCUUCCUGCCAGUGGGAGUUGACUGCUGGAUCGAUAACACCAGGGUGGUGUACAACCGAACCUCUCGGAAAAUGUCCAAUGCCCCCGGGGUGCACAUCCGUGUGCCUGGCUUCGGCAAGACCUAUUCCGUGGAAUACCUGGACCAGAGCAAGCUGGCAGGUUACCUGCACACCCUGGUGCAGAACCUGGUGAACAACGGCUACGUGAGGGACCAGACGGUUCGGGCAGCCCCCUACGACUGGAGGGUCGGGCCUCAGGAGCAGCCCGAAUACUUCCAGAACCUGAAGGCACUGAUCGAGGAGAUGCACGAUGAGUACCAGCGACGCGUCUUCCUCAUCGCGCACAGCAUGGGCAACCUCAACAUCCUCUACUUCUUGCUACAGCAGACGCAAGCCUGGAAAGAUCAGUACAUUGGGGGUUUCAUCUCCCUGGGCGCGCCCUGGGGAGGGUCCGUCAAGCCCCUGCGUGUCCUGGCAUCUGGUGACAAUCAGGGCAUCCCGCUCAUGUCCAACAUCAAGCUGCGCGAAGAGCAGCGCAUGACCACCACUAGCCCCUGGAUGUUUCCAACAAGCCUGGCCUGGCCCGAGACCCACAUCUUCAUCUCCACGCCUUCUUACAAUUACACCUACCGGGACUACCAACGCUUCUUCACCGAUGUCAACUUGGAGGAUGGCUGGUACAUGUGGGAGGACAUGAAGGACUUGCUGAAGGGCCUACCUCCACCUGGGGUGGACAUGUAUUGCCUCUACGGCACAGGCUACCCCACCGUGGAGACUUACAUAUAUGAUGAGCGUUUCCCUUACGAGGACCCUGUGGACAUGAUUUAUGGCGACGGGGACGACACCGUCAACAGACGCAGUUUGGAGUUGUGCAAGCGAUGGCGUGACCAGCAAAAGCAGAAGGUGCAUGUCCAGGAGCUGCGAGGCGUCGACCACCUCAACAUGGUCUUCAGCAACCUGACGCUCAGUUCCAUCAACGAAAUCCUGCUGGGGACCCCACAGGAGCAGGUGAGACCCAGCCUAGAGGCCGGGAAGGGUGGGAAGAUCCUAUCCGGGCGCAAAGUCCUUAAGGAGCCCAAAAAGAACUGA